AUGGACUUCAGACCCGCCCUCAUCGUGGUCGACAUGCAAAUGGAUUUCUGUCCUCCCGAUGGCUCACUCGCGGUCUCGGGGGGCCGAGAAAUUGUGCCGCUGAUCAACAAGCUCCUUGCUUCACCACAGUUUGUCUUGAAAGUGGCCACCCAAGACUGGCAUCCAACUAACCACGUAUCUUUUGCUGCAAACCAUUCUGCUCCAGACAACAAACCCUUCGAGUCGUUUGUCACCGUGCGCAACUUUGUUGGUAACAAACCGGAUGAGACGAUGCAGCAAAGAUUAUGGCCCGUCCAUUGUGUUCAGGGCUCAAGAGGCGCAGAGAUCGUUCCAGAACUUGAUCUCUCCAACGUACGUUUCACUGUCCAAAAAGGCCAGGACCCCCGGGUGGAAAUGUACUCGGCCUUUUCCGACUCGUUUGGAAACUUGACGUUUGGUGCUGGAGGUGUAAGUCACGACCUUGCCAAAGAACUGGCCGCUGAGCAUAUAUCCCAUGUCUACGUUGUUGGUUUGGCUGGUGACUAUUGUGUCAAAGAUACAGCUCUUGGAUCGGCAAAGGCAGGCUUCACCACGUAUGUUAUAGAGGAAGCUCAAAGAUGUGUGGAUCCCAACACGUGGCUCGAUGUCAAGGGUGCUCUGGCACAAGGCUCUGCGACCGUGGUCAGUGUUGACAGUGACGAGGUUCGGCGGGUUCUCGGUCCAUGA